AUGGAGAUCACGGAGGACUUGCUCAAGCGCCGCAGCAAACACUUUGACAUUGCAUGCAUCCAACGACUCAACUUGUCGGGAUGCGAUAUCGCGACGGUCGCGCUGCUCGAGGGAUGCACGAGCGUCGUGGAGCUCAACCUGUCAAAGAACCACCUGCUGUCGCUGCGAGGGAUUCCAACAUUGUCGACGCUCAAGUCGCUUGAUUGUUCAUUCAACACCGUGACCACGUUAGACGGCAUGGCCCCGCAGCCCCAGUUGGAAGAGCUGCACUUGGAGGGCAACGAACUGUCUCGGGUCGACUUUUCCACGCUUCAAAAGCAGUUGCCUCGGCUACGGCGCCUCUUUUUGCAUGCUCCUAACGCCCCCCGGUCGAACCCCGUUUGCAAAAUGGACAAGUAUAUGGACAUUGUGCACAUGGCGAUGCCGUCCCUCGAGAGUUUGGACGGGGAAAUCUUUGCGCUGCGUCAAGUGAGCUCAGACCAUCGCGUGAAGGACGAUCCUGAACGCGACGCCGACGUUCGCGCGGCGUUGGCGGAAGCCGCGUGGGAAAAAGUAUCGUGGGGCUUGCCGCCGUCGGACCCUACCUUUGUGCAAAAGAGUACGAAGAAGCUCAAAGCUCUCUUGCUCGAAUGCAACAGCGAUCUCAACGGCGACUCGCUCGAGUUGCUCCAAAAGAUGAACGUGAUGCUGGCGUAG